CUGAUGAAUAUGACCUUGCAAUGACUCAUCUAACUACUCACAUAACUACUAACUAGACCAGCACACGACUCACCUCCAAGCCGUAGCUCCGCCUCUGCCUUUCCGCGAUUGGUCCAAAGUUUUACGUGGCCCCUCCCUCUGCCCUUUACCUCUCGUGCUCAGUUUCUUCUGAAGUUAAUCAGCGGACUGGAGACGCGUCAAAUCUCUGUCACCUCUCAACAGUUCGGGUUUAGUUUAGUUUUUUGUUUUUUGUUUAAAAAAAAAACAAAAAACGCUAACUGCUUGUUUUUGCUCUCGGUAUGUGCGACUAGGAGUACCCUUUUACAUAUGAAUAUAUACUGAACUUGGAGUUUCAUCUGAAGACAAGUGAAAAUAUGCCAGCACACGGAAACGCCUGGGGCUUGUGGAAAUCCGUGCGAGUUGUAUGAGGGAGAAGAUUUUACCAUUGAAAACGUCGAGGUGCCCUGUUUACGUUUUCGUUUGCUGAACUCUGAGAACUUAAACCACCACUGAACACAUAUUUCUUCUAGUAAAUGCUGGGUUCGGUAAAAGAAAAACAACAACAACAACAACAACAACAACAACCAACCUGUACGGAUAUAUUCCUGAGAUUUAUUCCUGAGAUUUAUUCCUGAGAUUUAUUCCUGAGCUUUAUUCCUGAGCUUUAUUCCUGAGCUCUUCUUCCAGAAGUCUAGAAGGUUCUGAAGGACUUUAGUGCAUUUCUGACUCAGUUCAUUCACCUCACUGACUACUAAAACUCCAAAUCUCAUGAGAGAGUGAAUUUUAUUUAUUUGUUUUUAUUAAUUAUUUUUUUAACAUUUUUUUUGGGGGACCUGGAUGCAGAUAAUGAGUUUUCUUCAGUUUUCCUCAGGACCUUCACACACGUUCACAUUAUUGAUUCUCCUCAUGCAUGUGCACUCAAGUGCAGUAGCAAAACGACACAUGGUCUACUGGAACUCUACCAACACCAGGUUAACGAGCGAUGACUAUUCAGUCCAGGUAAAUCUGAACGACUACCUGGACAUCCUGUGCCCUCACUACCCGUCCGGCUCUCCUCAGAAAGGCCCUCCGGAGACGCUGGCGCUCUAUCUGGUAGCAGAGAACCAGUUUCAGGGCUGCCAUGAGACCGAAGGGGCCAUAAAGAGGUGGGAGUGCAACUCUCCGUACGCGCCCUUCGGCCCAGUCCGAUUCUCCGAGAAGAUCCAGCGCUUCACGCCCUUCUCUCUGGGCUUCGAGUUCCUCCCUGGACACCACUAUUACUACAGCUCCCUGUCUGUGGAUGAUGGACCCCCCCUUCCGUGCAUGAAGCUCAAAGUCACUGUGUGCUGCGAGUCCACAGCAACAGUUGGUAAAAAGGUAAAAGGAACUCCAGCUCCCCACAGUUUUGCCCAACCUGGAAGAACUAGUCCACUGCCUGUCCUCGCUCUCACCUCCUUUUCUCUCUUUUGUCUUUUAUGAUAAUUGGAAGAUUCGACCCAGCUAAAUAGCAAAGACUUGCCAACAGGUCAUGAACGAUCAUUCCCUAUCUGUAGCUAAGCACACAUGCAAACUCACACACACACACACACACACACAUUCACACACUCACUCAGCUCACGCCUUACUGUCAUGUAUUUGGAGUGGCACUAAUCUCGCUCCCUCCAUUUCCUCCCUCUCUCUGUCCACUUUGCGCCGCUUCAUUCUACAAGCGACUGGCACUAAUCUACCUUCAAAGAGCUCUUCCUGCUGCUCUUCUUUUGCGUAAUCCUUUCUUCAUCUAAAAAAAAUAAAAAAUAAAAAACACAGCCCCCCCUUCCCCCCUUCCCUCCAUCCACCACUUUUCUUUUACUGUACGCUACUACUGAACUGAGCCAAAGGGAAGAAGACGAGGAGAGCAGUGGACGUCCCUGUAGCACCUGUGCUGCUAAGAAAAAGCACAGGGAGGGACACAGCACAAGCAAUAAAGCUCUCGACUCAUUCAUCAGCUCUCAGGAUCACACGAGAAGACUUUAUUUUGCUCACUUUCUGCCACGGAUGAACUCGAGCCAAAGCGAGACACCACUACACUUAAGAUGAAACAUUUACCAUGUAUCUGAGGAGUAGCACAGACAAACGUGUCAUUUUUCAUUCAGAACACACUUGCGAGGAAACUGCAUCUAAGCUUCAACAAACUUAUCACUAAGGAUUGGACCAACAGGAAGAGGAUUUACUGCUUCCUGUUCAGUCGCAGCCGGAAAUGGCCAUUUCCCGUAGCAUCUCAGCAACGGUGAACGCGAUUGGACAGUUCGUUUCACACCGCCAGUAAUGCGUGAAAAUGAUUGGUCAGUUCUCCUCUCCACUCCUCUCGCUUAAGAUGAUUGGUCCGUUUCCUGAACACGUGAUCACGUUCAGAUUCUUUUACUGAUGAUUUUAUUUUUGGUUCUGUUUUUUUAUUUUUUUAUUUUUUAUGUUCUGUCUACAUUCCUAGAAUUCUACAUGUAUGUACUGGCACCCAAUUCGAUUAUUAUACAGGUAACGAAUUCUGUUUGUUUUUUUGGAAUAAGAGAAUAUAUUGAAUAUUUCAACAUAUUGUUUCUUUUCGUUAUUCAUUCCAAAGUGAAUUCAGAACAUGCUGUAUGCUCCUAUUUUACAGAAAUAAUACAUAAUAGAAAAUGGAUCUGCAGUGAAUUUCUUUUAAAUGACAUGUUUUUGUAAUAGAAAUUAAAUUUGAUUGAGAAGUAACAAAUCCUAUUUAAAUUCACUUAAAAAUGUUUGUUUAAAAGUUCUGUAUCUUGUGAUAUUGUGCAAAACAAAUUUGCAUUGUUUUUUGUUUUUUUCUCUUUCUAUGAAAUUUCAGUUUUUAUACUGAAUCCAGUUAUUGAAUCAAGGGUGCCAGUGCGUUACUUAAAAAAAAAAAAAAAAAAAAAAAAAAAAAAAAAAAUUAUAUAUAAAAAAAAUUUCAAAAAAAAUUCCAAAAUGAAAAGUGUAAACCAGUCAAGUUUACACAGAAAAUGAUGUGCUGGAUUUAUUAUGAUUUAGGGAUUAUGUUUUCUCUGUGUAAUUAGUGUUUUUCACAUUUUAGUGAAGAGUUUUGUGUCUUCUGUGAAGAAUUACAGGUUUAACUGUUUUUGUACUGUGAAAUAAAUGAUUAAUUUGUGUUCGAGUCAAACAGUGCCGAUCAAAUUCAGCUCGAAGUGUAUAAUUUAGUUUAAAUGCAUACAUAAUUGAUCACUCAAAGACCACAGUGCAAGAAUGAACACUAUUACACACAUUAAUAACAAUGAAUUUGGUAUUAAGAGGGAAUAACAAUAACAAUAAUAAUAAUAAUAAUA